AUGAGUCCAGUAGAAGUAUCAUUUGUGGGCGGAGUUAAUGAUGUGGAAGAGGCCACGCAGAAGCCAACGGCUGAGUAUGUGCGGACACUGAAUGCCCCGAUGGUCUUCAGAGGUUUGGCUGAUGAAAUUAAAUAUGACUUCAGUGGGGAUAGUCUCGUGAAGGAAUUCGGCGAUUCGAGGUUAGCGUUGAGUCUGUCGAUUGAAGAGCGCAGCGACGCCUACGAGUAA